AAUAUGAAAACAAUUUAUUUAAGAAAAUUCAAGUCCUCUCAGUGUUGUUUGGCCAGGCCAGCGACGCCACUGCGAAUCGAAGCGCCUCCAAGUCUCCAACCUGCGCGACCUCGGGCCUCUGUCCUAGCUUUUUUCGCCGGACAUCUCAGCCUUUGUCGACGGCGAUCUUGGCUAUUGCCGGAGGUUCGAGGGCUCUUCUUUGAUCGAGUCUAUCCCUGUUCGCUGACAUCUUACCCUAGCGCACGCGACCACCUCCUCCCAGCCUCUUCUCUCUUGAAGGCUCUUCUUUGCUCAACGAAUUUGAUAGGAGUCAUGGAUGGAGAGAUCCCUAACAUAAAGAGGUGGAUUGUAUUGUAUCCUGUUUACAUAAAUUCAAAGAAAACCCUAGCGGAGGGAAGGCGUAUAAGCACAAGCAAAGCGUGUGAAAAUCCAACAUGUGCUGAGAUUGGUGAUUGCUGCAGUCAUCUCAAACUUCCGUUCGCAAUUGAGAUUGACAAGGCAUAUCCACGUGAUUUCAUGCAAAGAGGGAGAGUGAGAGUAUUGCUGAAACAGGAAGAUGGGACUUUAUUCAAUCCUGCCAUUUCAUCAAGAAAGCAGUUGAUGACUCAUGUUGCUGAGUUGGUACCCAGACACCCAGGGAGGACCAAGAAACAGGAGCCUGCAUCCACCUCAAAUGCUGCUGGAGCUUCCAAAUCUGGGAAAGGUGGAAAAAAGAAGAGGUAGACUCAUCACUGCAAAUUAAUGCCUCAAAACUCGCAGCCGUUUUUGCUUGGUGGCCUGUGGUUUUCAGGGAAGCAGACCUUUUUCGUGUUCUUCAGUGUUUUUCAUUGUGUUCCCAUGUCUAGCAGCUGAGGUAGUGGGAACGUAAAACAAUGAUUGAUCUAUCAAUGCAUAAGCUUAUGGUAUUAAAUAA